AUGAAUCUGCGUUCUGUAUUUACUGUAGAACAACAAAGGAUAUUACAGCGUUAUUAUGAAAAUGGAAUGACAAAUCAAAGUAAAAAUUGCUUUCAGCUCAUAUUACAGUGUGCACAAGAAACUAAACUGGACUUCAGUGUAGUCAGGACGUGGGUUGGCAAUAAACGAAGGAAGAUGAGCAGCAAGAGUGCUGUAGAAUCUGGAGGCACUCCCCCAGGGAUUGUCCCUACUACUCCUUCAGUACCUUCAGAAGCAGCAGUUAGAAAUGUGGUAAAUAUUGCUCGAUCCCAAAGCCAGCAGUCUUCUUGGACCUCUUCUAAUAACGAUGUAAUAGUUACUGGUAUAUACAGUCCUGCUAGUUCAUCCGGUAGGCAAGGAUCCACCAAACAGACGAACGCUUCAGUGACAGAAAUACAUAAAACCUCUAUUCCGCGACUACCAGGAAAAAGCGAUACAGAGUUUCAGCAGCAGCACAUCCCUAUCGGACGACAAGUACCACAUUGUAAAAAUGCUUCCCUAUUGGUAGGGGAAAAGACUAUUAUUUUAUCUAGGCAAACAAGCGUACUGAAUUCUGCGAACUCCAUAUAUAGUCACACGAAAAAAAGCUAUGGUGGUUCGUCAGUCCAGACCGCGGAGUUGGUGUUACCUCAGAAACCGAUGAUAUGCCACAGACCCUGUAAAGCUGAGCCCGUGGGAUGUCAGAGGUUACAAAAACCGGAACAUGCAGCUCUCGUAUCGCAUGUGCCCCCUGGACAAAGGGCUAAUACCAGGGACCCUUCUUGUAGCACGCAAAACCUGGAAAUCCGCGAGGUGUUUUCUCUGGCGGUUACAGAUCAACCACAAAGAAUUGUGGGAGGAAGCGCAGCGCAGAAGCAUUGCUCGGUGGAAGGCAGCUGUCUGUCCAUCGCGAUGGAAACUGGAGACGUGGUUGACGAAUACGCUAGAGAAGAAGAACUAGCAUCCAUGGGAGCACAAAUACAAAGCUAUUCAAGAUACUGUGAAAGCAGUAGUUCUGCUCGAGUAGAGAACCAAAGCGCAGCCUUGUCUGGGCCAGGAAGAAAUGUGAGCUGUAGUUCACAGAUGGUGAAUGCCAGGGACGUGCCUGACAGUAUUCUGUAUCAUAACAGAGACUACCACUUGCCUGCACGGACCUCAUUGCAUACAACAUCCAGUACAUUAUAUAACAGUGCUAAUCCAUCAAGAAGUACCUUUUCUCCUCAUUUUACAUCUUCAAGUCAACUGAGGCUGUCACAAAACCAAAAUAAUUACCAGAUUUCAGGAAGCCUUACUGUGCCUUGGAUUACAGGUUGUUCCAGAAAAAGAGCAUUACAGGACCGCACACAAUUUAGUGACCGAGACUUAGCUACCCUAAAGAAAUACUGGGACAAUGGCAUGACCAGCCUGGGCUCAGUCUGCAGAGAGAAAAUUGAAGCUGUGGCUGCAGAAUUAAAUGUUGACUGUGAAAUAGUGCGG